GUGUUUGCCGUUCUUGUGCAGAUGACAAUGAAGCGUCUUUUCGCUGUCACGCUUAUUCUGACGAUUGGGUUUGCUUAUUACAUUUACAUACCCCUGCCCAGCACAGUCUCAGAGCCAUGGAAACUCAUGCUUGUUGCCGGGACAUUUCGAGCUGUCAUGCAAAUGGGAACUGUGGCUCACACCCUAGGGCUCAUCCGAGACAUCGAUGUGCUCAGCGUUGUGGUGGGAACCUUCGGGUUGCUGGGGCCCGAAUCUAGCGAGAACUUAAGGGUCAGCGACACUGUAUUUGCUGGGGUGGAGGUACGUGUCUACCAGUCAACCCUGAGGGAGGUGGGAGAGCUGAAGAGAGGUGUGGUCUACAUCCACGGAGGAGGCUGGGCGCUCGGAAGUACUAGAUCAGGAUCCUAUGACUUACUCUGCAGGAAGCUGGCGGAGGACCUCGACGCAGUCGUCGUGUCGGUUGAGUACCGCCUGGCCCCCGGUGUCCACUUCCCUGUGCCGUACGACGACGUCCUCCAGGCCUCCAGGCACUUCCUACGGCCCGAGGUGCUGACCCAGUACUCGGUGGACCCUGACCGGGUCGCUGUGUCGGGCGACAGUGCAGGGGGUAACCUGGCAGCUGCUGUGGCUCAGCAGGUUGCCAUCGAUGACAGCAUUGCCAUCAAAUUCAAGGUCCAGGCCUUGAUCUACCCAGUACUACAAGCCUUAGAUUUUAACACACCCUCAUACCAAGAGAACCAGAAUGUGCCGAUGCUACACCGCACAGUCAUGGUCCAAUUCUGGCUGAAAUAUCUGGCUGCAGACCCUGAGCAUCUGCACGCCUUGCUGCUCAACAACCACACAGCCCAGGACCAGAACCAGGUGGCAUCAGCCCGGGCCAAAGUAGACUGGGUCAGACUGCUCCCACCCUCCGUACAGAAGCAGUACAAGCCUGUGGUCCAGCCACGAGGUUCACCACGGAUCCUGGAGGAGGUGCCGGCCCUGCUGGACCCCCGUGCUUCCCCACUGUUGGCUGAGCCUGAUAUUCUCGCGCAGGUGCCACAAGCUUACAUCCUUACCUGCGAGCAUGACGUGCUUCGGGACGACGGCUUAAUGUAUGGGCUGCGACUACAGGAGGCGGGGGUGACCGUGACCCAAGACCACUAUGUGGGUGGCUUCCAUGGCUGCGUCACCUUCGCGUUCUGGCCCACGUACUUCUCCGUCGGCAUGCACAGCAUGCAAAACUACAUCGCCUGGCUUGACAAGAACCUUUAACAACUUGGGGUACAACCGGUGGCAAUUUGGUUGUGAAAGGGAAACCCACCCAAACAAAAAUGAUGAUCAGGUUCAAAGGGAACUAUGAAGCAGAGAAUGUCCCUUCAUUUUCUGAAAUAUUUCUAGCUAUUAGAGAUGUAGGGGAGCAGUGUGGACGUCCUGGGGCAGCCGAAGCCAGGCGUUGAUCCCACAGUUUGCUUUUGUGUCACUCCUUUCUUCAGUUGUUCCCUCCUUUCUUCAGUUGUUCCCUCCUUUCUUCAGUUGUUCCCUCCUUUCUUCAGUUGUUCACUCUCACCACAAAUGAACGGGUCCAGGUCUUGCUAUUGUAGCCCUCAGCUAUACUGUAGAUCCAAUAUUUGUUUCCAAUUUUUGGCAUCAUUUGCAAGCUUUUAUUUUUAACCCCCCCCCCCCCACCCAUAUUGUUAGAAAAUAAAACACUGCUCCUCCAUCCCA